UGUUUUUUUUUAUAUUUAUUUUCAUCAUACAUUUCAAAAACUUUUUCUUUUGAAUGAGUUUUUUUUUUGUUUUCUUUCUGAUUCAAUUGAUUUUCGAUAAUCGAUAAGCGGUUCGAAUUCGAUUUUUUUCAUCAACUUUAUUGAUGAUGAUAAUUUCAUUCGAAUUCCGGCUCUACAAUGAUUGAAUAUUGAAUAUCUUAAGCUAUUCAAUUGUCCUUCGUUGAAACAAAUUGUGAUUGUUGUUUUUUUCGUUUUGUUUUUGUUUUGUUUUCGUAAUUUUUUCGAGAAAAGGAUUGUUUGAUUGUUGAAAUUCAAAUUAUUAUUAUUAUUGUUGUUGUGUGUCAUGAUUAAACUUAAUCGAAGUAAUCGACAUUGGAAUCGUUCACAACGUCGAAGAUAUCAUGAUAAUGAUUUUGAUAUUCAAUUUGAUUGGAAUAGACCUUUGAAUCAAAGUUGUUAUGUAAUAUUAUAUCAUAUAAUAUCAAAAGAUUCUAUACAGAAUAAGAAUAAAUUAUUAGCCUACCUCAAUCUAUUUACAAAAUAUUGUUUAUAUCGUUAUGGCAAAUUGGAUAUUAGCGAACAGGCAAAAUUGGCCAAUAUUAAUGGCCAAUCAUCAUCUGAAACAACAUCAUCAUUUUUAUGUGAUACGGAAAUUCUUUGUUGCCUUCGUGUUGGCCUUUUCAAUGAUGUUGCUGAAGUUCGAGCUGCUAGUUUAAGAGCGAUUCGUUAUUUUGUACAGAAUAAAAAAACAUUACAUAAUUUGAUUGAAAUUAAUCUUCAUCAUUUGAUUGCACGUUCAUUGGAUAUUGUUUUGGAAAAUCGUGUUGAACGUGUUCAAGCUAUGCGUCUUUUACGUCAUCUAAUGGCAAUCGAACCAAAUCUAUUUCCAAUUGCAUUAGGACGUUGUCUUUGUUCAAUCGCAAAUGAUAAUUAUUCAGAAAAAGAUACAUUACUUCGUGUUUGUUGGGCAACAAUAUCCGAAUUGACAAUUUUGAAUGCCAUUAUUAGUGCUCGUUCUGGUUGUAUUAAUAUUCUAGUUCGAUGUGCAUUGAAUGCCAUUACCGGUUUGAAUCUAUCAGAAUAUGAUGGCGAUCUUAGUGGUGGUAAAAAUAAUCGUAACAUAACUAAUAAUCCGAACAAUCUAGUCAUGAGUAGCGGCAAUGGUAUUUUUACUAAUUUUACCAUACCAUUUACAAAUAUUGCAUUAUCCGAAGCCAUAAUCUCAUCAUUCCUAUAUUUAUAUAAUUAUCCAGAAACUCGACGAUUAGUUCAUCCGAAUGGAUCUGAUCUAUUCUAUUUCAUAUCACCAUUCACUGAUCUUUAUUCUUUUUUUCAUGCUUCCACAGCAGCUCAAGAACAGCAAAAUUUGAAUGCAAUACAAUUAGAUAAUCAAGAUGAUCCACAUCAUCCACAUCAUGCUCAUGAAGAUGGACAAAAAUUUCCAUUCGAUUUUUUUGAUGUACAUAAAGAAAAUAAAGCGGGCCAAAAGAAUAAAAAUCAAGCACAACAAUCAUCACAACAAACAAAUGCAAGCUAUGAACAACGUACACUAAGAUAUUUAUCAUGUAAAAAUGCCAUACUAUCUAUUCUUCGUUCAUGGCCAGGAUGUUUUUUUAUGUGUCGUGUGGUUAAAAUGAAUAAAUUUUAUCCAAAUAAUAAUAAAUUAGAAUUCAAUAGUGAAUGGGUAAAUAUGUCAAGGAAACUUGCCCGUAUUUUUUUUGAAGAAAAAUUACCCGUUGAUGAUGAUGAUUCUACAUCAACAAUCAACGGAUAUGAUACAUUAAAUCCAUUAGAAUCAUUGAUUAGUCUAUUACAUUUACCAUAUACGGAAAUACAUGGUCAUAUUUUGGAAUUAUUGUACGAACUUUUUGGUUUAAAACUACCUGAAUGUUCGGAAGACUUUGAUGAAGCAAUUAGAUGUGUUUAUUUUAAUUAUCAAACUAGACAACAAACAUCAAGAAUGACCAUACAAUCGAAUAAAAAUUAUCUACCUGAUGAAUGGCAACUUUAUGAUGGUUUUGUUGCUAAAGAAGCUGAAGAUAUUUUACCAAGUUUAGCCGGUGGACGUUUAAAUUUUAUUAUUAAUCAUCAGGCUCUUUUACUUCAAUCAUUAAUUGAAUUUGGCAUAUUGGAAGCAUUGUUAAAUGUUAUUCUUGAAUCUAAUGAUAGACCAACAGUCAAUUUAUCAACCAUAAUGCUAGGAGAAUUGUUACAUUUAUCCGGUAAAUAUCUACCACAAUCAUCAUAUGCUCAUCGAUGUCAAAGCCUACCAACUUUAGUUGCAGCAUCAGUUUCCAAUUCUCGUGAACGACGUAAUCGUGCUUUGAUGACUAUAACAAUGUUAAAUCGUAUUCAGGAUAUUAAAAAACAAGGUCCACAACCUACUAGUCUAUUUUUGGAGCAGCAAAUUUUUUUCUAUUCAUCACCAUCAAAUCCAUCACCCUCAUCGAAUAUUUUGGUCGGAAGAAAAAAAUCCGGAUCAAUUUCAAAAAUGCAAGAUGAAAAUGUUCUUUUAUCAAUUAAAAAUUCAAACGUACUAAGAAAAAGCUCAUUUCGUGAUUGGAAUUGGGAUCUAAUCAUCGAUAUUCUUAAACAGCCUUAUGAUAUUAUGCUCAAAUUAGAAGAUAAAGAAGUACGUUCAUUUUGUUCUCGUUUAUUGGAAUUUUAUUUGCCUUCUAAACGACAAUUUUCGGCCAUAUCAAAAAAUAGUGGUUUAUCAUCAACCACUGAAAUGACCACUACAUCACCAACAACGUUAAAAAUGACGCAUGGACAUAAUGAAGUGCUUUAUUCAGAUAAUCCAAGACAGAUUUGUUUGGCCGCUAUUUAUUUUAUUGAUUUUCUUUUACAAGCAGAUGAAAAUCAUGCUUCCGAUUAUCUGAAUGAAUUUAUUCAUGAUCUUGAUCGAUGUUUGAAAAACAUUGCAAACAAAGUGCCAUCAUCGGAUGAAAUUUUCAUACCAUCACGUUUAUUAUCAACAUUAUCGCAGAAAUAUUUUCUACUAUUAGGUCGUUUUACUCAUAAUCGUUCGGGUAGAAAUUGGCUGAAAAAAACUCAUAUCUAUCAGAAUUUGAUCGAUUUGAUUAAUAUUUGGACGAAUGAAAUCUAUGCUAAAUUGAUUAUUUCAUCAUUUGAUUAUAGUGAAACAGAUUUUCCAAGAAAUAUUCUUUCUAAAGUGCUUACAUCAUCGAAUGAAACGACAAGAAUUUAUUCAACAAAAUUUCUACGUCUUUUAUUGCGUAUUAAUGUUACAGAUUUUGCUCAAUGGGGAAUCGAUUUACUAAUCAAUCAACUUUAUGAUCAAUCAUCUGUGAUUAGUUUAGAAGCAUUGGAUAUAUUAGAUGAAGCUUGUGCAGACAAUACGAAUUAUCUAAAAAAAGUUCUUGAACAUCGACCGGCACUUCAGAAUCUAGGCGAUAAAGGAAUAGUAUUUUUUGCACGUUUUGCAUCAUUUCCAAUCGGUAUCAAUAUGUUGAUACAGACAAAUACAUUGGAUCGAGAAUUGGAUCGUUGGCGUAAUCAUUUCCAUUUACGUUAUGUUCGUUUAGUUGAAGAUUGUCUAAAUGAAUGUUUUACUUGCCAUCAGAAAAGUGUGACUGGUAAAUAUGGACGACGACCAGAUCGAAGAAAUUUUUCACAAUUAAGAAGUAGCAGUAUGACAGCACAUCUUGUACCACAUUUUUAUGGACAAUUAGCUAAAACAUACGAAGGAUUACAGAUUAUUAUUGAACAUUCAUUAUGUGAAGAAAUGUUGGCCAUUAUUCAUACACAAAUAAAUCGUUUCAUUGUGAUAAAUAAACUACAACAAAAUGAUGAUGAUGUGAUUAAUAAAAAUGAAAAUCGUGAUAACAGUGAAUAUAAUAUACUUCGUAUGAAGGCUGCAUUAUGGGCUAUUGGUCAUAUUGGUUCGACUGAUAUAGGUUUAGAAUAUUUAAUCAAAUGUAAUACAAAUAUUUUAAAAUUGAUUACAACAUUGGUUGAACGAUCAACAAUAUUAUCGAUUAGGGCAACUGGAUUCUAUGUUAUUUGUUUGUUUGCUUCAACAUUACGUGGUGCUGAUGAAUUGGCCUGUUUUGGUUGGUCAGCCAUAAAACAUUCACAUUAUGAUUGUUUUCCUAUUGAUCAACAACAUUUUGAAAAUUUUCAUCUUUUUCCCGUUCGAAAUCAGCCAAAAGAAUUGAAUGAUUCAUCAACAACAACAACAACAGUGGUACCGAAAUCAAUCGUAUCAAUUCCAUCAGGUUAUUUUUCAUUAUUUGUUGAUAAUGAUAAUUCACCAAAUAAUUUAUUAUUAUCAUCACAAAAUACAAAUAAUACAAAUCCAUUAAUGAAUAGUAAUCAAGCAUGUCAAUUCAGUAUAAGUAGUUAUAGUAGUAGUAGUAGCAGUAGUAGUUAUCUAUCAAUAUUACCAACAACCGGACAACAUCCGUCAAAUAAAUUGAUUCGAAUCAAUGGUAAAUCAAUGGAAAAAUUAUUAAAACCUGAUAUGACAUCAAAUACAUCGAAUACAUCAUCGAUUGCAUCGUUAAGUAUUAUAAAUCCAUAUAAUACAAUAACGACAAAUAAUAAUCGAUUACGAUCAUCAUCCGAUUGUAAUUCUUCUGCCAAUAAUAAUAAUCAAUUAUUUGAUUCAAAAAAAACGAAACCUGAAUCUCAAGAUAGUGGAAUUCUUAAUCAUUCUAAUGAUGGUUUGAAUCGAUCAAAUCUAAUUUCACCGGAACGUAAUCGAAAAAUAAGUGCACCUUGUUUUCCAAUAUCAUCAUUGAUAAUGAUAAAUGAUGAUGAUAAAAUUCGUCAUGAUUCAUAUGAAAGUGCACAAACAAAUAAUAGUGAAAGCUGUUCGGCUAGUUUUACUGAAUAUUCUACAACAUCAAGUCAAAGUAAUACACUUGUUCAUCAUCGAACAUUUGAAUCGAAUAAUGUUCAAAAUGAAAGUAACAGUUUAUCAUCACAAUCAAUCACAGCUAAAUCAUCAACACUACCAACAACACCUGUACCUAUCAAUAACAAUAAUAAUCGAAUUAUAACCAAUCAAUUAAUAUCAAAUUCUAUGGAUAAUAGUAGUAAUAAUCGACAACAAACACCAAUAGUUAUUGUUAAUGGUGAUGAUCCAUAUCCAAGUCCAAUGGAUGCAUAUGGUUAUGCACAAUUAAUAGCCAUACAAAAAUGUCGAGUACAAUCACUUUCGGGAAAUGGUUUUUUCAGUUUUAGUAGUAGUAAUUUUUCCAACAGUAUUCCGGAUUCAUUUCCAAAAAGUAUCGAUUCGGUUAAUACUGAUACAUUUUCAAUGGAUUUAUUUCAAAGUAAAAAUUCAUCGAAUGAAACAUUUCAAAAAUCAUCGAAUACAAAUCGUAUACAAAUUCAAUCGCCUGUUCAAUCGAUGAUGAACGCCAAUAGUAAUCAACAAAACAAAUUGAUAAUUAAUCAAUUAUCAGUAAAUGAUACUAUACAAGGUGGUGUUAAUACUAAACAACGAUCAUUAUCGAAUGAUUCACAAAUAUCCGGUCAAUCAGAAUUUGAAAUGACAACCGGAAUCAAUUUUCAACAAACAGAUGAAAAAUCAAAUUUCAUGUGCCUUUGUCUUCCACAAAAUCUUUCACUUAUUUUUCAUCUUGAAGAGAGUACGACCAACAAACCAAAAGCAAAAGAACGAUUAAAAACUUCUGAUCAAUUAAAUAAUGUUCAUAAUGCUGCCAAAUGUUUAUUAUGUUGUAAAGAUUUUGGUAUUGAAAUUACGAACAACAAUCAUUUAUAUUCAUCAUCAAACAAUGAACCAUCAUCAGAAGUGGAACAAAAAUCUGAUUCGGAAAUGAUUGAUAAUGUUAAUGAUCUGGAAGUACAUCGUGAUGAAGUAUUACGUUUAGUAUCAAAUUUAAGCGUUGCAAUUUAUUCUAAACAAUCGGAACAAGGACUUUUAAGUCUUAAGCAAAAAUAUCCAAAAAUAUUUGAAAAUUUCUGCCUUUAUUCGGAUGUUUGUUUACAAAUGGAACGUAAUAAUUAUAAAAUAACUGCAAGAAGAUUUUUACAUGAACUUUUUAUGGAUAUCAAUGUUAAUCAGUUUUAUCAACAUGCCGAAGCUAUAAUGAGGAAGUACGAACAUUUAAAACCAAUUGAAUCAUGAACCAAUCAAGAUAAUAAAAACAAUGAAUGAAAUUUUGUUGUCAAUCUUUCAUUUUUUAUUUAUUUAUUUUUUAAA